UGCCGCGCUCCGGCUGGCUCCUCGGGCCGCGGCGGGGAGGGGCUGCGCGCCGCUGCCGCCCCCUGUGCGCGCCGGGCCGGGCCGGGGGUGGGGGGCGCUGCAGGCGGCUCGACCCACGCGGGACCUCGGGGGCGAGCGUGGGCGCGAUGAGCCAGGUGCUGGGCAAGCCGCAGCCGCCGGGCGAGGACGGCGGCGACGACGAGGAGGAGGAUGAGCUGGUGGGGCUGGCGGGCUACGAGGACGGGCCCGGGUCCUCGGACGCCGAGCUGGACAGCGGGCCGGAGGAGGGAGUGCUGGACUUCAGCGACCCCUUCAGCACUGAGGUGAAGCCCAGAAUCCUGCUCAUGGGCCUCAGGCGGAGCGGCAAGUCGUCCAUACAGAAAGUUGUCUUUCACAAAAUGUCCCCAAGUGAGACACUGUUCCUGGAGAGCACCAACAAGAUCUGCAGGGAGGAUGUCUCCAACAGCUCCUUUGUCAACUUCCAGAUCUGGGACUUCCCGGGACAGAUCGACUUUUUUGACCCUACGUUCGACUAUGAGAUGAUCUUUCGGGGAACAGGAGCACUGAUCUUUGUCAUCGACUCCCAGGAUGACUAUAUGGAAGCGCUGGCCAGGCUCCACCUCACAGUGACCAGAGCCUACAAGGUGAAUACUGAUAUAAACUUCGAGGUGUUUAUUCAUAAAGUGGAUGGUCUGUCAGAUGAUCACAAAAUUGAAACCCAAAGAGAUAUUCACCAGAGGGCAAAUGAUGACCUUGCGGAUGCUGGAUUAGAAAAAAUUCACCUGAGCUUUUAUCUGACAAGCAUAUAUGAUCAUUCAAUCUUUGAAGCCUUUAGUAAAGUGGUUCAGAAACUGAUCCCACAGCUCCCAACACUGGAGAAUCUGCUAAACAUCUUCAUCUCGAAUUCUGGAAUUGAAAAAGCUUUUCUGUUUGAUGUGGUCAGUAAGAUUUACAUUGCAACUGACAGCGCUCCGGUGGAUAUGCAGACCUACGAGCUCUGCUGCGACAUGAUAGAUGUGGUGAUUGACAUUUCGUGUAUUUAUGGUCUCAAAGAAGACGGAGCAGGAGCCCCGUAUGACAAGGAGUCAACAGCCAUUAUAAAGCUGAAUAAUACAACAGUGCUUUAUUUAAAAGAGGUGACAAAGUUCUUGGCGCUCGUUUGCUUUGUCAGAGAGGAAAGCUUUGAAAGAAAAGGGCUUAUUGAUUAUAAUUUUCACUGCUUCCGGAAGGCCAUCCAUGAAGUUUUUGAGGUGAGAAUGAAAAUGGUGAAAUCUCGAAAGACCCAGAGCCAGCUGCAGAAGAAAGGAACUGCUCCUAACGGAACCCCUAGAGUGCUGCUAUAGGGAACCGCAGGGGUCAAGGCUGCUAAGCUACGCUGCACUACAGGAAGAUUGGGAUGCUGACAUAGAUUUGUUGGGGAAAAAUACCUACUCUUUUUAAAAUAAAAUAAGCACUUUGAAGCAAAAACCUGUACAAUAACAAUAAAGUGAAAUCCGCCGAACUUUCACUUCAUAAAUGUAAACUUUUAUGUUGAUAGUCAGAAAAAUCUCUUGUGAGAACUGCCAAUACCUGUACAUAUUUUGCACUUUUUCACGUUUUUUUCUCAUUGAAAUGAACUUUGGUAAGAUGGCUUUUCUAAACUCUUUUCUGUACUUGGUAUCAAGAACGUGUGUACAUACUGUAUCCAUAUGGUAGUCGGAACUAAUCCAGAGAGAUCUACUGCUAAGGAUUUUUUUUUUUUUUUUUUUUUUUUUUUUUUGGUAAAUUGGAAAUCUCUGCUACCAAUUGUUGAGGGGGAAAUAAUUUUUCAUUGGAGCAGGAACAGGUCAGGGCUGGAAGCUCCAGGUAAGAGCAAUAAGAACUUUUAUUGAUAAGAAGUGGAAACAGGAGUUCUGUAGUCAGCCAGUGGUGGUGCACACCUUUGAUCCCAGCAGGUGGAUCUCUGUGAGUUCAAGGCCAGUCUGGUCUACAGAGUGAGUUCCAGGACACCCAGGGCUACACAGGUCUCAACCAAAAUAAACUGAAAACCCCAAAAAACUAAACAUAGCAGGAAUUUUGCAGAAAAAUGUUAGUACCACGCGUACCUGUCGGCGCGAAUCCCUGUGGCCAUGCCCUCCGCUCACCUGGUCUUUAUGAAGCCCUACUUCGAUAUACAUCUUUGCAGGUGCUUUAUGCAAAUGGGUGAUUUCUUUUUGCUGCGUCAUUCUAAUGAACCUUUGGGACCAGAUUUCUACAAUGGUGCCAACCAGAAAUAUGAAUGUUGUUUGAGGACACUGAGACAAAAAGCAUGGAUUGGUUGGGGAUGGGGACUGUGGAGGUGCUUCUGUACCUGCCAAGGAGGCUAAAAUAAGAGGCUGAGAGGUUGCCCAGAUGUAGGCAGAUGGCCAUGCAGACUAACAAAAGACCAGUGAUACGUGUGUCCUGGUGUGUGUCUGGCCCCUGGGAAUGGUGUGUUGUGCUAAGUUUGAAGUCUUUGUUCAGGACCAGUUUGUAAUGCCCCAUGACCACAGGAGUGGAGCAGACCUUUCAUCUUCACCAUGGAGUUUAGUCCUUGGUGGCUCCAGUUGCUACCACCCUUUCACCUGUGACUACCUCCUGGCCUCCACCUGCUCCUGCUAAGUUCUGCUUGCACCAGCUUGCUCUGCAAGACAGGGCGCAGGAAGCCUAUGGCCAGUGGGAAAGGGUAGCCUAAAGAGUUGGUUAGCUGUGUAUGUUUUUUUUAGAUCAGUAUGGAAUUGAGAGUCCUAAUCCAAAGGUUAUCGCUGGCAGGUAUGCAUGGCAUUUUAGAAAAGACUCCUUUUAAGGUAGUCUCCUAGGGAUGGCAAAGCUGCUCUUUCGAACAUCUCUAGGGUCUAAAGCAGCUUGUCCCUGAAGCUCACUUCUCUCAGUGUCGUCUUCCUGUCUUGCUUCCUUUCCCCAAGUUCUGUGAUUGUAUGUGUGGGGUGGGGUGGUGGUGGUGGUGGUGGUUUAGUUUUGUUUGAGACAGUGUCUCUCUGUGUUCCUGGCUGUCCUGGAACUCACUGUGUAGACCACGCUGUCCUUGAACUCAGAAAUUCACCUGUCUCUGCUUCCCCAAGUGCUGGGCUCAAAGGCGAGCACCGCCAUGCCUGGACAGGGCUUAGACAUUUGAAACUGGAGGUGGAUGACUGUAAGAGGUGAGCCUCCCAACCAUCUCUGCUUUAUUAAGGAGAUUUCUAGGAAUGGCAUGGCUCCUAUGAUUCCCACACAGAGACCCCAAUGACUUGGUAGGAGCCUGGUGUCCCAGGGAGGUUUCUGUUUUCCUUAACUUUCAGGAUUAUUCCCUGAUGGCUGGAUGGGGGUUGGCUGCUCUUAAGAGUCUAACACUGCCCCCCUUUUCCCACUACCAUCACAUGGACACUGGAGAGAAUCAGUUUGCUUUUUUGAGAUGGGUCUGAGGUAGGCUGGCCUCAAACUUGCCAAGUGGCCAAGAAUUAUCUCCAAUAUCUGAACCUUCUGCAUCCACUUCCCCUAAGUGCUAGGAGUACAGGAAUGCACCACCAUGAUUGGCUUGUGCAGUGCUAAGGGCUGAACCCAGGGCUUUGCAUGGGGGUGGGGCCAAGCACUCUCCCAAGCUAGCAUCCCCAGCUCUGUUUCUUAAUAGUUUUUUACAAAGUAUUUCUCUUUGACUAGACAGAGAAUUGACUUUCUAAUAAGACUUUAGUUUCAAGAUAAGACACUUGCCUGCCUGGUAAACCACAUAAAAUUAACCAUGUCUGCGUGGAGUGUCCACUUUUAAGCUGGUUAUAUACUGGGUUUUUGUUGAAAUGUGCCUUAAAAGCCUAUCACUUCAAGAACAUGUGAUUCUUUGAGGGAUAGGCAGAAACAAUCCUAUGACAUAGGGCCAUCAUUCCUGGUCAUAAAUGCACUCUUUAGUUACAUGCUGAUAAUUACUGCCUCAAGCCGGGUGUGACAGUGACCUCUUAAAGAUGUCUGAAUGGUGAAAUUUUCGAGUCUGCAACUAGAAUUGCAGUGUAUCUUUACACUUGUUUUGUAUCUUAGAUUUGGGAGUUAGCUUAAUGCAUUGUAGGUCCGUGUCUAUGAUCAAACAUGGCCAUGAACAGGUCAAACUCCAGUGGCCGCACUAAAACGUUUUUGUUUGGUUUUAGGAGUUGAGCUCUUGGAGAUUUGUAGAGCAGGCAGGCUUUGGCUUUCUGAGUCAAGUUUGACUUCUAUGUAAUGGUAAGCCUGAAUUACUGUCUUUAGUUAACUGAUGAGAUUAGUGUGUGUGGCUUGUAUAUAGUGCUUUUGAAGGAGUAUAAAUAAAAAGCUGAUUAAUAGUUACCAAGGGUCAUUUUGUGAACAUUAGUAUAUUUUGGAUCCUUAAAUAGAAAAUGACUAAAUAUCACAGCAAUACUAUUAUGUAUGGGUUAUAUGCCAACUCUGUCUGAAACAGAAUUCAUAAAAUCAAUGGAACUGCAGUGAUGAUUAAAGUGCAGCAUGCGCUCAACACAGACCGGGUGAUAUUUGUAAUCAAGCACACUAUGUUUUUCUGUUGGUAGGACACCAUUUAUAACUACCACCAACACACUUCAGGGAUGUUAACUGCCAACUUAGAAGCAUGUUUGUAUGCUGAUGACUUGGUGUCAUGCUGGGAGCAGAAUGGUCUCUUUUGUUAAAAAUUAAGAUGAUGUUUACCAUAUAUAUGUAUAGACAUUACUGUUUUAUUGCUUAUAUUAGGUUCAUUUAAUAAAAAGUUUAAAAAUCAA